GCGCUCGCUUGCCGCCCGGCCGCACAUGUGUUUCUGUUUUGUGUUGUAGCAUUUGUUCUGGAAGCUCGUAUUUACAUUUUAAGUGUAUCUGGUGAGUGGGCUGGAGCCCUCGUCCCGGCCGGGGAGAGAAGAAGCCUUCGACCCCGUCUUCCAGUCGCUUCCCUCCUCGUUUCUCAUCACUCCAACCAGCCCGCGACCAUGCCCAGGAAGAAGGGGGCGGCCUGGGAGGAGCCGAGUUCGGGCAACGGCACGGCGCGCGCCGGGCCCCGGCGGCGCGGCGGCCCCGCGGGCAGGAAGCGCGAGCGGCCCGAGCGCUGCAGCAGCAGCAGCGGCGGCGGCAGCAGCGGCGACGAGGACGGCCCGGAGCUGGACGGGGCCCCCGGCGGCGGCAAGCGCGCAGCCAGGCCGGCGACGGCGGGCAAGGCGUCCGGAGCGGCUGCGAUCAUCACGGAGCCCGAACACACGAAGGAGCGCGUCAAACUUGAAGGGUCUAAGUGCAAAGGGCAGCUUUUGAUUUUUGGAGCAACGAACUGGGACUUGAUUGGACGGAAGGAAGUGCCGAAACAGCAGGCUGCGUACCGCAACCUCGGUCAGAAUUUGUGGGGGCCUCAUAGGUAUGGGUGCCUGUCAGGAGUCCGGGUACGAACCGUGGUUUCGGGUUCGUGUGCUGCCCACAGCCUCCUCAUCACCACAGAAGGGAAGCUGUGGAGCUGGGGUCGGAAUGAGAAGGGCCAGCUGGGUCAUGGCGACACCAAGAGAGUGGAAGCCCCCAGACUCAUCGAGGCUCUCAGCCACGAGGCAAUCGUGCUGGCCGCGUGUGGACGCAACCACACCCUGGCCUUGACAGAUACUGGCUCCGUGUUCGCCUUCGGAGAGAACAAGAUGGGGCAGCUGGGCCUCGGGAACCAGACAGAUGCUGUCCCGAGUCCUGCUCAGAUUAUGUACAACGGGCAGCCAAUUACCAAGAUGGCCUGCGGAGCUGAAUUCAGCAUGCUGAUGGACUGUAAAGGAAACCUCUAUUCCUUUGGGUGCCCUGAAUACGGCCAGCUGGGACACAACUCGGAUGGGAAGUUCAUCGCCCGGGCACAGAGGAUAGAAUACGACUGCGAACUGGUGCCUCGGAGAGUGGCCAUCUUCAUCGAGAAGACCAAGGACGGCCAGAUCCUGCCUGUCCCCAACGUGGUGGUUCGGGAUGUGGCCUGUGGCGCCAACCACACACUGGUCCUGGACUCACAGAAGCGAGUGUUCUCCUGGGGAUUUGGUGGCUAUGGUCGGCUGGGCCACGCCGAGCAGAAGGAUGAGAUGGUCCCUCGCCUGGUGAAGCUCUUCGACUUCCCGGGGCGUGGUGCCACCCAGAUCUAUGCCGGCUAUACCUGCUCCUUCGCUGUCAGUGAAGUGGGUGGCCUGUUUUUCUGGGGGGCCACCAAUACCUCCCGGGAGUCCACCAUGUACCCGAAAGCCGUGCAGGACCUCUGUGGCUGGCGGAUCCGGAGCCUUGCCUGCGGGAAGAGCAGCAUCAUUGUAGCAGCCGACGAGAGUACCAUCAGCUGGGGCCCGUCGCCAACCUUCGGGGAAUUGGGGUAUGGGGACCACAAGCCCAAGUCUUCUACUGCGGCUCAGGAGGUGAAGACUCUGGAUGGCAUCUUCUCUGAACAGGUCGCCAUGGGCUACUCACACUCCUUGGUGAUAGCGCGGGAUGAGAGCGAGGCUGAGAGGGAGAAGCUGCAGAGGCUGCCCGAGUACACCCCACGCACCCUCUGAGCGGCCGCCCUCCGCGAGGCAGCCGUCCUUCCACGUGCACUGGGACCAGACGUCAGACAAGGAAUUUAGGAAGCAAAAGUUGGCAAGGGUGCAUCGGGUUAGCGCCCCUCCCUGAGGUUCCUUUUCCAAGUGAUUCAACAUUAACUACCUUUUCUGUAUGCUUUCUUUCCAAAGUGUUUUCCCUCAAUGUUUGAUUAAAACAUUUGCUCAUAGCCAGCUUGCCUUUCUGAGAUAGGCAGGAACUCUGAGCAGUUUAGGUUUUUUUUUUUAAGUUGUAUUUCUUUUCUCACCGCUCUUGAGCGCCCUUGCCCACCCGCCCAUUCCAGCCAUAAUUAGCAUUGUGAUCCGAGUGGGUGCCCUGUGGGAGAGGGAUCGCCGCUUUCCCAGACAAACGGCACCUCCAGGAACCAGCAGCCGCUAGGCAAGUCCCUGGUGGCCGGUGUCCACCCAGAUUCCUGCCUGCCUGCUUUGAGAAACCCGGUCCCUUGCCGUGGGCCCUCCCACCUGCCUCUGCCCCCUUCCCUCAUAGCUAUUGCUGGCUUGCUGUCUGCAGGGCCCGUGUGGGCCUUUGGGCUGAGGCGUUGGUAGAAGCAGCCAUCUUCCCCCUGGCGGGGCUUUGGGGUCUGUGUUAGCCGUUUGUAUCUACCUUAGUUCUCAAGUCCAAAUGAGACUAGGGACCAUGGGGGACGGGGUGGGCAGUUAGAGAUGGGUCAGCCAGCAGUCAAACGUGCCCUCAGUCCUCUGGCCCACCGUCGCCGCCGCCUGUGUGCUUUGCCUGUCUGCUCCUGCUGUCCCCUCUGCCUGGGAUGGCCGCCCCGCGCUGAGACUGGCCACUCCUGGCCUGGCCUCAGUGUUCUCUGACCGCUCGCGUCUGCUUGGCCCUGGUACCAAAUAGUUGGGAUUCUUGAUGAGCUCCCCUGCCCUGCGUGUGUGACAGUGCAGGUGCUGUGACUGUCACCACACCCCCAAGUGCCCUCUGCCCAGUCUGUCCUGGUAUUGACUUUGUGGCUGAGUUCCAAGGUGCCUUUCCCGGAUCCCCCUCGCUGGGCCCAAGCAUAGCGGCAGCUCGGGCCGGGGCCUUGGUUUCCAGAGGGUCUGGGCUGGUUUGACUGCUUUAACUAGGAUUAGUUCAGUGGUGCUCGGGGGAAGGGGGCAAGGACCGAAGUGUGAGGUGGGUGGAUGGGAAAGUCAAAUUCCGGUCUUGAGAUUUAUGGUUUUGCUUUUGCUGUUGUGACGCUUGCUACCAUCUCUGUGAUAAAAUGCCAAAAAAUGACCCAGUCUGUUGCUUUCCUCCGCCCCAGCGCUUCACAGCGGAUUCUGGCUUUGCAAGGUGUCUGUCUCGCUCGGCAAGUGCCGUGGCCUGCCGGGAAGGGUCCGAGUUCUCACCAUCCCCCAUAGUCAGUCCAGAGUCAAGCUUCUGUAGUUGCAGGGCUUCUGCAAAACUAACCUGCUUUGUCUAGGUCACCCCAGACCCCGCCCCUCAUCUCUCGUGCGGGACCGGAGCAGCCUCUGUUGGCCUCUUGUCCAGAGAGUGCUGUUCCAGGUCUGUUCCCUCUGUCCUGGAGGUCUGGAGUUAGUUGUGUGGUCACCAAGAGGAUUGAGGACACAGUAGCCGCCCUGAGCUGAGCUGGGCUCAUCUCCCAGGGAGCAAACCUGAAGCCAGCAGUCAGCCUCCCAGCUGGAGCCCUGCGGUGGGCGAGCCGGAAGUGUCUAUGGAGAGAGCCUUGUGCCCGGCCACAGCCCCCUCCCUUUAGGCAAAAAUUCUCACCUGAGCUUUCCCAUGGGAAACUCUGGAACAGGAGGAAGGUGGAAGGAGGCCUGGGUAGGAACCACUGGCUGCCCAGGGCUUCCUGAAAUCUUCUGGUCAUCAACAAAGGGUAACACAGGGGAGUUGGGGGAUGGUGGGGUUCGGUUGAAGGUGCCUGGUUUAGUGCUGUUAAUUGUCUUAUUUUUUUUUUUAUAUCUAUAUUUCUUGGAGUAAACAUUUUAAAUAAACGGCGUCGUUGUUUACUCUG